GAAGUUUUUUUUCUUUGCGAUUCCCUUCGAUGCGAGAUGUGAGUGAGUUUUGUAUAGCGACGAGAUUCGCGUCUUUCGCCUCCUAAUCGCUUCAUACAAAUGAAGUAAACACGAAAAUAACAAUAGCUUCGAAGAUAGAAGAGGAGUGAAGAGUCAAUGCACUUGUCCGCUGCUGGGUGCAUCGGCGUUGCGUUUCCCUUUUGCAAGGUUAUGUUGUGCUACAAAAUGGCUGCCGGCCGUUCUUGAUGUAUGCUGCGGUUCGCACGAGAAUUCGCGAAAUUAGUGUUAAUUAUGAGUAACUCGGCCGAUUUCUGUUACAUUUGUUUCGACAGCAACAAGGGCUGCAAGGACUACCUGAAAGUAGACGAGGAAUGUCAGUCGAUCGUCCAGAAAUUAAAGUCCUUCGUCUCGGAAGUGGAUUGGUCUGCGAAUAAGCGGCUCCUGCUGUGCGAGAAGUGCGUGAAAAAGUUAAAUCAAGCCUUGGAAUUCCGAAAGCAAUGCGUGCAGUCCUCGGCCGCGCUGACAGUGUAUCUGGUCGAAAUCGAGAAAGCCAAGGAAAAGAAGGCCGCAGCGGUCGCAGCCAAAAAAGAAGACCCCAUUGUUCUCCAGUACCUGAACCUACUGAAGAACGACAAAGUCGCGUCUAAGAAGACGGUGACCGGCGUCAAGGUAGUCACCAGCGAGCCGCAGAUCUAUCCGGCUAUCACGAAGAUCAUCCUCACGAACCAAGCCAAUUCCUUUCAAAACGUCUUCGUCAAUCUGCUGCCCAGCAACGUGAUCAGCACCAAGACGCCAAUAGUACCGCAGGUCAUCAUAACUCCACCGAACGAUACCAAAAAGCCCGAACCCGAUGAGGUCUCCAAGCUGCUGAACGACACAAAAACGGAGGAGGUCAGCGUCGAAGUGGACCCACUCGACUUUAACAUGGAAUCGGAGAAGACGACCGAAUCGAAGCCGGCACCUCCGCCGCUUCAACAGCCAAACAACUUCCGACCGAUCCUCCCGAAGCUCAGCGAGAACUACAACUACACCAACGAGGAGAAGAUGGAGUUCUUUAAUUCCGGUCACUUCCUCUUUCAAGGCGCCGACAAGUCACAGUACUACUGCGAGAAAUGCAUGAUCCAGUUCGAAUCGUUGAAAGUGCUGAACAACCACAUCAAGCAGGUGCACAGCUCGCAGUACCCAUACAAGUGCGAUCUGUGCAGUGCGGAAUUCGCCACCAAAGAGUCCUACAAGUCCCACACAUCUCAACACUCCAUCGAGUCAGAACUGGUCACGAACUCGAUCACACUGACGGACUUUGCGACGAACAGUCCGAAGAUCAACGAUCUGAUGCCGCCAAUCGACGUGAAACCGGAACCGCAGACGGAGGAGGAGAUCAAAUGUGAUAAAUGCGACAGGAGCUUCGGCUCGAACCAGGGUCUGAUCCGGCACCAGGCCAAGCAGCACAAGUCCUCGACGAACCGCAAGAAGUACUUCAUCAAGGGCAUGAAGAACGCCAAGUGUGAUAUCUGCAACCGCAUGUUCUCGACCACCUCCUAUCUGAAUCUCCACAGGAAGCUGCACGACCGGAAAGGCGAGUGGCGGAGGAAGAUCUUCAAGCCUGAAAUAGAACCGCUGAAAACGCAGGUGAUCGAUAUGAUCGACAAGCUCGGUUACGACCACUCGGAUAUCGAUGAUGACGACGAUGGGACCGAUAUGAUGUGCAUAGAUAAUGUGAGUGCGUAUCUGGAGACGUCCAUGAGGGAGCCUGCCAUGGAAUUGAGGAUAAAACAGGUGGACAAUGGUUAGCUGAAGAAGGAUAGAUGCGAAACGAAAAGUGCUGCUCUUCACUCUACUGUAUGGAAUAACAGAAACGGAUGUUUGGUUUUCAUUUUGUUGAACAAAAUAAGUUGAGACAAUUUAUUUACACAGUGAGUUUGAGAAACUGGUGGAGUGCAGUUCAUUUACGAUCUAUUAUUACGUUUUCAAUCAAAAAAAAAAGAAAGAAAAAAGUAUUAGAUUUCUGAAGGGAGGGAGAGAGAGAGAGAGAAUGCAUCAUGAUGAGUCGAUAAGGGUCGGAGAGAUGAUAAACAUUAUAUGAUAAUGAUAAUCCUAAAGAAUCAAAAACAUACAAUUACUCACUUUUUAUUUCUUCAUUUAAAUGCAUAUCACUAUUUUAUAUUUCUAUCAUACAUGAUUAAUGAUUGUUUAAGUUUCAAAAGAUAUUUUAUGAUCAGAAUCGAUUAUAUAUAUUUGUAUAUAGAUGAUAUAUGAGGGAAAGACGAACUAUGGAAAGUGAAUUAUUUUUGUGUAAGCAAAAUAGAAAUGAAAACGAGAGAGUAACAAAGUUUAUAUUUUGUUGUUGGAUUGUGCUGGGCGCAUCUUUACUUGGUCCAAAAAGAUGAAUUCGUUUUCUUCUCACCUCGUUCCUUCGCGAAGCAAGGAGUGGUAAAAACUGCAUUUGUGAUAAUUUUAGUGUGUAAGUUCAUUUCGUUUAAGGGAAAGAAAUUCUAAUUGGAUCGUUUCCGAAGGGAAUAGAGAGAGAGAAAAGUGAAACAUCGAGCAAUUUUGGAUCUAGUAAAUCGCAUCUGACGAGUGAAUGUUGUUGCUUGAUUACCUAUUAGAUUUAAGUUCAACAUUUCUUCAUCUCUUUCGUUUUAUCAUCAGACUGUUUAACUUAAUUAAUAUACAUAUAUAAAUAUAUUCAAUUUGUUUAAACAGUUUACAUAUAUA